AUGGAUAAUGGCAACUUCAUCAGAAGCUCUGAUGCCCUGUCUUUGGCACUUAGUGAUAAUAGGGAACUGACUAUUAGCAGAGGACAUCUGGUCCUCCAUGACCCGGCUGCCGAAAAGUCUCAAAGGAGCUCCUCGUCCUGUAUUGCAAUCACCACAGAUGCGUCUGGAAAGAAGCUGAUCCCUCUUUACAACAUCUUGUGGGCGGAGGUUUUGGGUAGCCAGCUAUAUGUCGACUAUGCUGCUCAAUCGUCCAAGACGACCAUUAAACUCGAGAAGUGGGUCUAUGAUACAGAUGCCACGACAAAGACUUGCCAUGGUCCAACUGCAAACGAGUUUGUUUCUGCUCUCAAUUCUCGGGCCUAUGCCGAUGCACAGGCGAAAAAGCGAGCCCUCGUACUCAUCAACCCCAAUGCCGGGCCUGGGGGCGCCUUGCGCAAGUGGGAUCGCGAUGUGAAGCCCCUCUUUGACGCUGCCAGAAUGCAUAUGGACAUCGUUGUAUUGUCCAGGGGCGGCGAGGCCGCCGAGUUGGCAGAAAAUAUCAACAUCGAAAGGUAUGACACCAUCGUUGCUUGUUCUGGUGAUGGCACGCCACAUGAAAUUUUCAAUGGCUUAGCCCGACGCCCUGAUGCCCAGGUAGCUCUGGCAAAGAUUGCCGUGAGCCACAUUCCUUGUGGCUCGGGUAAUGCCAUGGCAUGCAAUCUCUACGGCUCCCACCGGCCAGCCUUUGCUGCUCUGGCCAUCGUAAAGGGAAUCGUCACGCCUUUAGAUCUUGUGUCCAUCACACAGCGCAAUCGACGCAUCAUAUCAUUUCUCUCCCAAGCCCUUGGCAUUAUCGCCGAAAGUGACCUUGCCACCGAACACCUACGAUGGAUGGGAACCAAACGAUUUGGUUUUGGUGUCAUUACUCGCAUUUUUCGCAAACGAUGCUACCCGUGUGACUUGGCUGUCAAAGUCGAGGUCGACAAGAAAAAAGGUGUUAGGGCCCACUACCAACGACACACAACCAACUUCAGUCAUGGAAAGUUGCGAGCAGAAAAUUGCAAGGGUUUUCUGAAUGGGGAUAAUCAAGGUCUCCCGCCAUUGAAGUAUGGUACAGUUGAGGACAAGCUGCCGGAGAAAUGGGAGCUCGUUUCUAUCUGGGUGCCCAGGUUGACCAAGCUACAGAUGGCAUAUAUGGCACCCGAAAUGAACUUCUUCUCUGCAGCUGUAGCUUCGGAUGGAUGCAUGGAUCUUAUAACUAUUGACGGCGAUCUUGCACCGCUAACUGCUACCAAAAUUCUCAUGUCAGUUGAGAAUGGCAAAUUCUUUGACAAUCCACAUGUUACAUAUAAGAAGAUUUCAGCAUAUCGCAUUAUUCCUCGUAAUCAAGAGGAUGGGUAUAUUAGUAUUGACGGUGAGCGAGUCCCAUUUGAACCAUUUCAGGCCGAGGUGCACCAGGGACUAGGUCGGGUUAUUUCGAAGCGGGGUGUUUUGGAGGGAACUGGUCCUGCUAUUUCAAGCUCUUUGUUAGAGACAUAG